CGCUCUGCUAGGAGAUCGAGGCAAGCGUCGCAAAAGCGCGACGACAGAAGGGCCGGGCAGUGCUGGAAAAGUAAAUUCAGGACGUUUUCAAAUAUUCUUGUUGUAUGGCCCCUUUAUCGUUCAUGAUGAAUUCUAUUCAGGGGCACCUUUCCCAAGAAGGAAAACUACAGGAACGCAAAAGUGCGGACAAAGAGGAGGCUCAAACCAACGAUAAAGCGACUGUCAAAGGAUGUAAAAGCAAGGCUUUGAGUCUUCCAUUCAGUGUGGAAUCUUUAAUAUCAGACAGAACGAGCACAAGGACUUUAUACGCGUCAUCUGAAUCGAGUAUUAGAUCUCCGGCAUCCGGUGCAGAUGAGCGGCUGAGGCUCUCCCCCAUGGCUCUUUACGCAGAUAGAAAGAUCCCAGUGGAGAGCGUCUCAAACCUAUCUGACUGCAAGAGAGGAGAUAUGGAGGAACUUGGCGACAAGGGACAGAGCGGCUGGUUUCAGACAGCCUCGUACUCCUCUCCGCCAAGGCAUUCAAGUCCACCUCCUUGCACCUUGAGAAAGCAUAAGAACAACCGAAAACCUCGGACCCCGUUCACCACCUCGCAGCUACUUGCUUUGGAGAGAAAAUUUCGUCAAAAACAGUAUCUUUCCAUUGCGGAGAGAGCGGAAUUUUCCAAUUCACUCAAUCUUACUGAGACUCAAGUUAAAAUUUGGUUUCAAAACAGACGGGCGAAGGCAAAAAGACUCCAAGAGGCCGAGUUAGAGAAACUGAAACUUGCUACCAAGCCAUUAUUACCUGCGUUCGCCUUUCCGUUCCCACUAGGAGCACAUGUUGGAUCUCCAUCCCUCUACGGACCGUCCAGUUCCUUCCCUAGACCUGCGUUACCAGUACCAGGACUUUUCGGUGGGCCAGUGACCUACGGAAUGUAUUACUUGUCUUAACCGACUGAAGCACGUCAGUUAUAUAAUUCACCGUCUACAACUGCUGCGUUUUUGCCAGUCAUUAGACGAGUGAAAUAGCACAUUUGUUCUCUUUAAAGAACUUCAGCAGUUAUCCCAAUUUAAAAUAAAUUAUUUUUGUCAUCUACAAAGUUUAUUCCAAAAGUGAGUAUCCAUAAAUUGGCUUAGAGGGGGGAAAAAAGAGACAGCCUUUAAGUGUGUAAUGUAUAAUUCCUUAAAUGCAAACUUUAUCUAGAAUUAUACAGACAAACAAUUAUGUAGCUAAAUGUUUUAUUUUCCCUAAGACAAAUACAAUUUCAAAGUGAUUUUUUUUAAACCAUGACUGAGGACACAUUUCAGCCUAUUUGGGAAGUUUCUGCCAGCAUCACUUGUUGAUAUGUGCAAGAAAACACCCAAUGUUUGUGCAUGGUCAGAAUCACUAAAAUAAAAGCUGAUUUCAGUUUGACUACGUCCUAUGACAUUACUACUUUCCAUUACUUGGCUUUUAAGUCAAUGUGAGCAAUUCUUUGAAUGAAUAUACAUGUUGUACCUUCACGUAAACCAAAUAUUUCCAAAACCAAAUUAUUACAAAGAUUGUACCCCGCUAUAAUUUUUUAAAUGUACACUGCCAACAGGUUGCCUAAACCUCACCAUAUGUAUAAUUUUUUUGUUUGUUUUGGCAAUAAUUUGACAAUUACCCCAUUAGUUUUAUAUGCAUUGCUCGUUAUUUCAUUAGACUUUAUAUGAAGAGGAAAUAUUGGUGAAAAAACAGCAUCGCCCGUUAUCCCAUACCUUUACUGAACCUUUUCUCCCAAAUCUUCAUAGUUUUUUUCUACGUGUUGUUGGAUUCAUAGAGGAUUUUGGCCUGUUUUUCUGUUUUUUCGUCUGUUUAGCCAUUAGUAGGCUACACAUAUGCUAGUUUUCUAGACUUUAAGAUUAAUCACUAGAUUUUUAUUACUGUAAAUACACGUAUAUACUACAGAUUUUUGAAAAAGAUACAAAUAGGAUUGCUGAUAUUUAUACACUGUUUGCAUUUAUCUUGUGUAAAUUAUUGUAUAUUUUAUAUGUAUAUACAAAUUAGAAAAAUAAUCUUUUGCAUUAAAAAAAAACAAUAAAUCUCAC